ACGACUCUUGAAAAACAAGAGCAGGGGAGCCAAGCUGAGGUAACUCGCCGGGUCUGUAGGAAGAAUCCUGACAGCAGAAAUCGGGGAAACGAAUGAGAAAGCAAUCGAUCACAGCCUAUUGAUCACCAAAUUGUCUUUAUAUUUAAACCUUGACGAAAGUACACAGAUGGACAACAGAAAUGCCCCUGAAGAUAAACCUGUCCAGCGCUCCAAAUCCUUCAGCUUCAAGACACCGAGGGAGGUGUGCUCGUCAUGUGAGAAGACCGUCUACCCCAUGGAGAGAUUGGUGGCUAACAACCUGAUAUUCCACUCGGCCUGUUUCUGCUGCAAACACUGCAACACCAAACUCAGCCUGGGCACAUUUGCUGCCCUUUCGGGUGAUUUCUACUGCAAGCCGCACUUCCAGCAGCUCUUCAAGAGCAAAGGCAACUAUGAUGAGGGCUUUGGCCGCAAGCAACACAAGGAGCUUUGGACCUCCAAGGAGGGAGAGAACAUAACUAAGACUGCGUAGCCACGCCUGUCUGUGUCCCAACCGCUCUCCCACGGGAAAGGCUAUACGGACACUCCUGACCUGCAAACCGACUUUUAUUUUCAGAAUUGGUAACGGUCAGGGUUAGUUUUAGAUUUUGGGUAGUUUUGCAGGUCAGCAGUAUCCUACAGGCAUUUCCCAUCUCAUCCCCAAAGCUGCCUCUUCUCCACCUCCAACGUGUCACAAAGAGCACCAACGUGUCACAAAGAGCACCAACGUGUCACAAAGAGCACCAACGUGGCAUGAGGGGUGCAGUCAACGCUCCUGUGCUCUCGCUCCACAUGGAAGAAACACACCCACGAUGACUGGCCAGUCGCCCCCUGUUGCUCGACAUUUUUAUUUAGUGGAGCGUUUAUUCCUUUCAUUUGGUUUUAGUUUCAUUUUACAUUUGCUCUUUUGAAAUGUUUGAUUGUGACCAAACUGCUUAUUCACAAACCAGUGGUAUGUUUUUGUCUUUUUGAGGACUACAUAUCAUUGUUUUCUUGUUUAUUUUACAGAUAAACUUGCACCCUUUUGAUGCAACAGGCGCAAGGGACCGUAUGCUCAGGUGAACAUAUGGUUAGAGAAGCUAGAGUUCACCCUCAGCUGUAGAACAUACUCAGGUCAACCAUACUGAGCUAGGUUCAUUAGCACGUUUGUAUUUUAUGACCUCUUUUUAGUUCCAUAUAGUCAAUUAAAUCUAACGGCAAUUUUAAAGACCAGUCCUCUGCAUUGCGGUAGCACCUGCGGAAGCCUAUUUGUGAGUUUGUCAGGGUUCACUUAUCUGAGAAACAAACAUGGUACUGUAAAACUGUCACACGUUCUCUCUCUCUCUGGGUACAUUUAGUUGAAUUCUGUCUUAUUGUUCAAAUGUUUUUUUUGCUCCUAUGAUCUGAAUGGCUGCUAGGUUUCAGUUCUGCAUGUUUGUCCUGUAUGAGUCUUAGCUGUCAUACCUUUAGUCUGUACUGCCUCCUGUGUUCUGGGUGACUUUUUAAAUCUAAUCUGCUUCAUUGACUCUUAAUCUCACUUUUCUGGAUUUAAAAGGCUCUCUUUGCUCUGUUAUUUGCUGGGUUUGACGGUCAUGUGAUAAGUUGCUCUCACUAGUAGGCUUUUUUGUCUUUAUUCUGAAUAUGAGAAGUAUCUCAUAGGUGUUUGUACAUAGCUUGUGCUUAGUGAACAUGUCACACUAUACUGUGCAUAUAUGACCAUGCAUGUUAACCAGACAAGUCAAUGUUUGAUUGACAGGGAACAUAGCCUAACAGGAAAUCACAACUGUCACGCUAAUAUCCCCUGCUGCUUCCUGUCCAUGCAGAACUGUCUGUUCAUGUACUAAAUUGGGCUAAGUUGGUGUGUAAAACUAAGCGGGACUUUUGGAUCUUUCAAGACAAACUGUGAACUCUGGGGGGUGAAGAAGAAUGUCAAAUCCCGAUGUCUGUGAUCUGCCAAUUGGGAAAGUCAGCUCUAGAAAGAGGCCAGAGUUCCUGAAGCAGAAUUAUGAGUUGGAUGACUUUUGGAGAAAAAAAAAUCCAUCCGCUUUUUUUUCUUUGAGUUCCCUGUUUUGAAUGAAAGUCUGAGAAUUCCGUGUUCUGAAUGUGGCAGAAAUUCACAUAUGACUGGGAUGUCCUGACGGGGCCACAAGUGAAAUCACAUAAUGUAAAAAAAUAUAUAUAUUAUCGUGCUUCUCCCGUGACAUCACAUCUGCAAACAUAAAUAUCUUUUUAUUUUAUAUAAAUGCCUCAUGGCUUUCUUGUCUCGACUGCAUCACGUGAUUCUGAGCAGAGGUGGUGGAUUUGUGAAGAUGGUUCACUUCAGGCCGUUUACCAUUGGGGGGAAAAAAUAGUCAGUUUCAGUCUGCUGAACAGGGUGGAUCUCUCAUCGACACCAAUGUGAUAGAUAGCAGCUGGGUCUGGUCUACUUUAUUGACUAAUGUCAAUAAAGAAUGAGGGAGUGGGAUGUCUCGCUGCUGCUUCAUCUUUGAUUUUGAGCACCAGGACCAAGUACUAUAUGAGGGGUGGGUGCUAACAGGGAAUGUUUGACCUGGGGCAUGUUCAGGGGAAUUCCUACGCAGUGAGUAAAGCCCAGGCCUACAGUGCCCUGAACCUCAGAGUUAGCGCCUCCUGGUGAAAGAAGAGAGGUAGGAAAUGCUUGAGUCAGUUCAGCCAGUCCUAGUAAAGGCUUGAAAUAUUACAUAUCACACAAUUGUCAAUAAACACAUUUGCCCCCAGUAAUUUCUUCUGUAUAGCUUUUACUCAUUGUUUAAGAUGUGGGACUGGCCUCGGGAUAAAACGUUGCGCUACAGGUAUUUUUAGGUUGAAAAGUUCUAAAGCAACACCUGCUUUGGCCAACAAACUCAAUAGACAAGAUUUUUAUUUUCAUCACUCCUGCUUUAGAAUGAGACUAAAACCAUUGAAUUACAUCAUUUGGGAAGUAUUCAAUGCCACAACACUUGAAUGACUCAAUGUAUAUUGUGACGGCAAGUUUACUGUGAAUUAUAGACUGGGUAGUUUGAGCCUUGAAUGCUGAUUGGCUGAAAGCCGUGGUUUAUCAGACUGCAUACCAUGGUUAUGACAAAUCACUUAUUUUUACUGAUCUAAUUACAUUGGUAACCAGUUUAUAAUAGCACAAACCCCCAAGGCACCAUAUUGCUAUGUUGGGCAUAUACCACACCUCUGGCUUCAUUGCUUAAUUAGAGCAUGCUGUGCAGAAUAGGAAAUAAAAUGUUACUUUUUGUUAAGUAAAGCCUUAGAAAUAAAUGGCAAAAACCAUGGCCUAACAUUAUUGCAUUAACAUUAUUAUUUAAAAAAAAAUGUAUUUGUAUUUUUUUUUGAGUGCACAUACCUUUCUCCCUGUUCCAGCCUAUUCCCCUGUGAAUGAAAAUAAUCCUUCUGCUUGUUUUCCACUUAGUCCCUGUGGUGGAUAUGAGUGGUUUCACUCAGCCAGAAGUUUACGUACCCGCUCAUCCUCCACUCUCCUGAAUGCUUUUCAUUUUUUCAGUACAUUUCCUCAAGUUUGUAAAGUUAUCUAUUUGUUUUUAACAUUUUGUAACGGUCCUCGAGACCACCCAGAAUGCUUUGUAACCAAGAACAUCAUAUCAAAUAACACUGUGUCCAUAUUCUGUAAUGUGUGAGGAGUGUGCCAAGGUACAAUGGCGUUAUCCUGUGAAUAAACCUUCUUUGUAUAUAGAGAGAGAAAAAACUGGUACCAGGAGGCUCAGGUCUAUUGAGAGCUGUGACUGUCUGUGUUCUGCGAGUCAUGUAGUUGUGUGCAAAAUUGGAUGUAGUCUUAACAUUUAUUUUUCAAUGCAGGUGUCACUGUUGUCAAAAUGUAAAUGUAUGCAUUUAAAAACAAAAACAUUCUGUAUAACUUGACCUGUGGAUGGUGACCUUGCAAGCAGAAGGAUGUUUUAGCUCUUACUUGUCUUUUACCUCUACUCUCCUCUCCUUCUUUUGGAUUAUUACUCCAGUUAAAUUGUGUUGUAGAAGAACAUGAUUAUAAAUAAUGUGAUUUGUCCCCACCCACACAUGCACACAAUCAAAUGUAUUUGGUUUUAUCAUUUUUUUUCAGUAGUUUAUUUUUAUUUUUUACAUGCUUUUGGAAAAAUAAAUGAAGAUGCUGAUGUUGCUAA